AUGAUCACUACACAUCAAUGUGCUCCAUCGAAUGCUACUACUGGAUCAGCUCGUCUUGAUUUAUUCUUUAAAGCUGCUCGUGGUAUUGAAGAAAGUUUCUUGUUGCAAUUGGUUGAAGCUUCAUGGAAUGAAAAUCCAUUAGAUACUUUAAAGUUAAUUUUCCAAACACGUGAUUGUCGUGGAGGAAAAGGAGAACGUGAAAUUUUUCACAAGUGUUUGAACUGGUUGAUUGACAAUCACCCAGAAGAUUUACUUGUCAAUUUGGAACUUUUACCAGAAUAUGGUAGAUGGGAAGAUUUGUUGAGAUAUAUCAAUCAAGAAAAGGGAAAGAUUGGUGAAACAAUUUCCAAGCUCUUUGCUGAACAAUUACGUAAAGAUUAUGCUGCUAUGCAUGAUGGAAAGCCAGUUACUUUAUGCGCCAAGUGGGCACCAACUGAGAAUUGUAAACAUGACAAGAAGUUUAGUGCUGUGAAACUUAUUGCUAAAGAACUCGGAAUUAAAAAGGCAGAAUAUAGAAAGCAAUAUCUUUCACCACUCCGUGAAUAUAUCAAGGUUGUUGAAAGAUACAUGUGUUUGAAGCAAUGGGAUGCUAUUGAUUAUUCCAAAGUUCCAGGUAAUGCCAUGAAUAAGCUCAAAAAGGCAUUCAACAAGCAUGAUCCUGAAAGAUUUGCCGAAUAUAUGAAAAAGUUAGAAAAGGGUGAAACAAAGGUCAAUGCCACAACUGUUGAGCCACACGAAAUUGUAGCUCAAUUCAUGUAUGGACAAGCACAAUCUGAAACUGAUCAAAUUUUGGAAUCUCAAUGGAAGGAAAUUGUCAAACGUGUCCAAUCUCUUGGAAACAUGGAUCAUGCAUUGGCAGUUGUGGAUGUAUCAGGAUCAAUGAGUGGAACACCACUCAAAGGAAAAUUGAUUUCUUUCCAUGAAGAUCCUCAAUUCUGUACCAUCAAUCUCAACACUACUUUACGUGAAAGAGCUCAAGAAAUCAUGCUUAUGCCAUGGGGUAUGUCUACAAACUUUUACAAGGUCUUUGAAACAAUUUUGAGAGAGGCCAAGCAAAAUAAGUUGACUCAAGAUGAAAUGCCAACUUCCAUCUAUGUCAUUUCUGAUAUGCAAUUCGCAUCUGCUGCUGGUAGUUCAAUGAGCAAUUUGGAAUAUAUCAAAAAGUCCUAUGCUGAAGCUGGUUAUGAAUUGCCAAAACUCAUUUUUUGGAAUGUCAAUGGUAAUUCUCGUGAUUUUGUCAGUGGUAAUGCUCUUGAAAAUAAUGUUGCCAUGAUUUCUGGUUUCUCACCAUCUCUUCUCAAAGCUGUUUUGAAUGGUGAUGAUUUUACCCCAUUUGCUAUCAUGAUGAAGGCCAUUCAAGAUGAAAGAUAUUCCAAGAUUAAAUUGGCCAGCUCUGAAUAA